ACUUCCACUUGAAUAUAUUACUAACAAAAAAUUCCUUUCCACUUUGUUCGAUUCAACCCGUCUCUUCUUGCUCCGCGUGUCCUCCUCUGCUCCAUUUCGCCGCCGCCGUUCGCUACAGAUCUCUUCGGAGUUCUUCUCCGUCACUGUUUUUCCGGUGAAUCGGAACGUUUCCGAGUCCUGAGCUUCUCCUCUUGUUCUUCUUUCUGGUCUCCCCUGUUUCAGGGUCAGGUUUUCUUUUGGAUCUCGGGCAUUUUUGUUGUUUCUGUUCUUUGGGUGGAUUUGCUCGGAAUCAGUUCUCUUUUCCGAUUGGGUAGCGAUCUCGUUGCUGUAAUCGAUCGGAAUGUUACCGGAUUCUCUCAGGAUUUGGCGGGGGUUUUAAUUCUUUCGGUGUUGUUGGCAAUGGAGGAUUCGGAUAACAAGAAGUGUAGAUUGAACAGCGCGACGAUAGAUGACGUCAUCGAGAUAGUGAUGCCUUACAUAAUCGAUCCAAAGGACCGUGAUUCUGCGUCGCUAGUCUGCCGGAGAUGGUGGAAGGUCGACGCCGACACGAGGGAACACGUGACGAUGGCUCUCUGUUACACGGCGAAGCCCGAGCGCCUGAGCCGCCGCUUUCCGAACCUGAGGUCGCUGAAGCUAAAGGGCAAGCCCAGAGCCGCCAUGUUCAAUCUGAUCCCUGAGAACUGGGGAGGGUAUGUUACCCCAUGGGUGUACGAAAUCAUGACCUCUUUCCGGCGGCUCAAAUCGGUUCACUUCCGGAGAAUGAUCGUCAGUGACUUGGAUCUUGAUCUUCUGGCGAAGGCGAAAAGGGACGAGCUCGAGGUUCUGAAACUCGAUAAAUGCUCUGGGUUCUCCACUGAUGGACUUUUGAGCCUCGCUCGACACUGCAGGAAGAUAAGGACGUUGCUCAUGGAAGAAAGUUCUUUUAUCGAAAAGGAUGGUGAAUGGCUUAGUGAAUUUGCUCUGCACGACACUUCUUUUGAGGUUUUAAACUUUUAUAUGACGGAUCUUGCGAAGAUCAACCCCCGGGACCUGGAGACCAUUGCUAGAAACUGCCCCUCCCUGGUUUCUUUGAAGCUCGGCGACUGUGAGAUUCUCAACCUUGUCGGGUUUUUCAAGGCUGCUGCUAAUCUUGAAGAGUUCUGCGGUGGCUCUUUCCAUGAAGAUGCCGACAGACCUGACAAGUACUUGAAUCUGCCUUUCCCACCACAACUAUCCCGUUUGGGUCUCUCCUACAUGGGCGCAAAGGAAAUGCCCAUAAUAUUUCCAUUUGCUGCCCAGUUAAGGAAGUUGGAUUUGCUCUAUGUACUGCUGAACACUGAGGAUCAUUGUACUUUAAUCCAGAAAUGUCCUAAUCUGGAAGUCCUCGAGGCGAGGGAUGUAAUCGGAGAUCGAGGACUAGAGGUUGUCGCUCAGCACUGCAAACGAUUGAAGCGGCUGAGGAUCGAACGAGGAGCGGAUGAAAUAGGAAUGGAGGAUGAAGAAGGCUUAGUCUCGCAGAGAGGAUUGAUCGCUCUGGCCCAAGGCUGCCUGGAGCUAGAAUACAUGGCUAUCUACGUCUCUGACAUCGAUAACCAAUCUCUACAAAGCAUAGGUGCAUACCUUAAGAAUCUCUGCGACUUCCGCCUCGUGCUGCUGGACCGGGAAAAGAGAAUUACGGACCUGCCACUGGACAACGGGGUCCGAGCCCUCUUGAGGGGAUGCGAGAAGCUCAGAAGGUUCGCCCUCUAUCUCAGACCGGGAGGUCUAACCAACACGGGUCUGAGUUACAUCGGGCAGUACAGCCCGAAUGUGAGAUGGAUGCUACUGGGGUACCUGGGCGAGACGGAUGAGGGUCUGUUGGAAUUCUCGACCGGGUGUCGCAGCCUACAGAAGCUAGAGAUGAGAGGCUGUUGCUUUAGCGAGCAUGCGAUAGCUGUUGCGGUGACGAAGCUGAAAUCGCUGAGGUACCUCUGGGUGCAAGGCUACAGGGCAUCUGCCACGGGACAGGAUCUCUUGGCGAUGGCCCGUCCCUUCUGGAACAUCGAGCUGAUUCCCGCGAGGAGAAUCCCGGAGGUGAAUCACCUUGGAGUGGUGAGAGAGGUGGAACACCCUCCCCAUAUACUGGCCUAUUGCUCUCUGGCCGGCCAGCGGAGAGACUUCCCACCCACUGUUGUCCCCUUUGGUCCGUGCCCUUGAUGAGCUUUAACCCGAGCCAGGUACCGUACAUAGAAUAAGACCCAUUUCCCCUUACGAUUUCUGUUCAUAGAUUGGAUUAGCAGUUUACCCUUGACGAGUCUGCUCAUAAACGAAUAUCAGACAAUAUUCUGUCCAACGAUUAAAUGCAGACGGUUAAAGGACAGACAUCUUUACAUGCCCAAUUCGAUAGAGACAGAAAACUGCAAUUUUUCA